UCGCAUUGCUCGAAUGGCGGACACCGUGGUUGUCGUUUCUGUCAAGUACAAUAGUUUUGAUUCUGAAAACUCAUGUAAUAUUGCCGUGUCUGAUUUAUUAGAGUGGAAAAAAACGGGGUCGCGCGAAAAAUCGAAAUAUUUUACAUCUACUCGGUGACUACUUUAAUGAUCGUUAAAACGAUCGUUAGCGCCGGUAUACCCGCAAGUUUUCGUUCUGUCACACACACACAAAAGAUAAUAAUCAAGAUUUCUAGCGGGAGGCACAAAAGGCGAGAGGAACUUGAAAUAUAUUUCAGGGGGAUAAUAGGAAAAUACGGAAGGGCCUGUGUAAACUAUGCGAAUCAGAUGAUUCGAAGGGCUUUGCGAAAAAGGGAAAUAUCGCAGAUUUGAGUUAGUUCCAAAUUCGUGUCAUUAUGACGUACCGAACUUCGUACACGCGAUCCUCCUUUAUUAUACAAUUUUCCUUUCCUUGGAUUCGCAUAGAGAUAUUAAUUAUGUAUUUUCCAAAGUAUUAACAUCCCAUGUAUUAAUUCUCUAUGUGACUGUGAUAGAAAUACUCUGUGUCUUCUCGUCUUACUUACUUAUGCCGAAUGAAUGUCGAAGCAAACACCAUAAUAUUUCAUGAGAUAUAGUUAUGGAGGAUAGUAUGAGUGUCAAGUCUAUGGAAUCAGUGGCAACCAGCGAUGAAUAUGAAUUUGUGAGUGACAAGGGUACUACCAAGCAACAACAAACGUUACUUGAGGCGCCGAUGUUAAAAAUUGCCAAUAACGGAAAUUUAGAGGAUCUGCAAAAUAAUCUUCGUGAGGUAUUAACGGAAGAUUCAAAAAUGGAGGGUAGAGAUUACAAAGUAACAAAUCCUGUCCAACAAAAGACCAAGAAAGUAGGACACAGCAAAUUUUAUGACGUUAGUUCCUGUAUAAAUGGUACAGAAAAGCAAGACGUAAUGAAACCUGAUGAUUUCAUAGAGGAGGGUUUGUAUGUUUUAGAAUUAAACACAUUAUCGCAUGUACAACAAGAAUGCACAAUUUUCAAUGGUGUUACGUAUCUGGGAGCUGCAGCAAUAAAUGCACCAAAAUCAGAAUGUGAAAUACAACGUAAUAUGAAUAUUUUAAAUGCCGAACAAUCUCUUAACCUGGGUAUUAAAAUUUCAGUCUCUGUACCGAGUAGUUCCCAAGGUUCUGUCGUUUUAUACGAUGCUGCCACUCAGCAACCAAUUGCCCAUUAUGAAGUACAACGAAUUUUAUUUUAUGCACGUGGAGAAAGUUCUGGACUGUGUGCCGCAUGCUUCGCUUUCACAUGGUCUCAUGGUGAUACCUUGGAAUCUGCUAUUUAUCAAUGUCAUGUCUUUCGAUGUAAUAUACCAGAAGCAGUUGGACAAGUGUCAGCUUGUUUCUCUAAAGCCUUCCACAGAAUACCACGUUCAAUGACAAAUUCUUUAACAGGGAGUGACUUUAAUAAUUAUAACUCGGGCGGUGAAAAAAUUAAUUCUCGUGUAUUUAUUUUUGAAGUUACCAUGGAAGUUAAGGAGGAAGAUGGUAAAGGUGGUUUUAGUACUGUUCCUAAGGACAGGAAUUGUUUCAAAUUUCGGAGCAAUAUAGCAAAGCAAGUUUGUUUGAGUAUACAACAAGUUUCCAGUAAGGAAGGAGGUAUUACUCUUGAAGUUGAGAGAUGUUUUGGUGUUCUUGUUAGCCCAGGACGUAAUGUGAAACAUAGUGAUAUGCGAUUACUUGAAAUGCAAGUCAGUACUGGUCCAAUAGUCCAGGAUCGAUGUUACAAUAUAUGUGGCCAAUGGGAUCCAGCUGAUCCAGCUUUGGAAACUCUUAAUAUAGAGACACCUAGAGAGGGCAAAAUAUUCAUGACAGUAGCAGUUGAUUUAGUUAUACGAGGUAUUAGGGAACCAGUGAGAUUCGUAAUCGAAACUCCUGUUAAAGUAUUUCCACAAAAUGAGAGAUUUUGGUACUUUAAUAAGAGAAAUUUAGUCCAACAAUUUUAUCUUAACUCUAAAGAGAUAAUAUCUGGCGAUGGGAGUGAAGUUCAUUACGAGGUGCAAAGUAUAGAAACAUCAGGAGAAUUAGAUAGAAAUAGAUUAAAUCUUGCUCUUAAUUUAGCUUCCUUAAUCAGGUCGCCCUCUUUAACUAGCAUUGACACUUUAACUCCCAAGGAGGAAAUAGAUUCAGAUGGAGAUGAGCCAAUGUUAAGCGGGACAGGUGAAGUAUCAAAAGAUUGUUCCGCAGAUGAAUUGGCAAGCUGGGGAGAAGUUUUGGACAGUUGGCAAAUUAAUGAUCAACGUCCGAAGCUUCUAAUAAAACUGACGAAACAAGGAAUUCCUGAAGCAUUACGCGGUGAGGUAUGGCAACGUUUAAGUAAUUGUGACAAUUCCCAGGAAAUGAUGGACAAGUAUAGAACACUGAUUACUAAGGAAAGUAGCUGUGAAAGUGUUAUAUUAAGGGACAUCAACAGAACAUUUCCAGCACAUGAUUUCUUCAAAGAAACCGGUGGUUUAGGCCAGGAUUCUUUGUACAGAAUAAGUAAAGCUUAUGCAGUAUAUGACGAAGAAGUUGGAUAUUGUCAAGGUUUAAGUUUUUUAGUUGCUAGUUUAUUGUUACAUAUGCCCGAAGAACAAGCCUUUUGUGUACUUGUAAGAUUAAUGUACGAUUAUGGUUUACGAGAUUUAUACAAAGACAGAUUUGAUAAUCUUCACAUGAGAUUUUAUCAAUUGAAUCGUUUAAUAGAGGAUCAACUUCCCGAACUUUAUAAACAUUUCUGCGAUCGUGGUGUUGAAACACAUAUGUUUGCAGCACAAUGGUUUUUGACUCUAUUUACAGCUAGAUUUCCAUUGUAUCUUGUAUUCCACAUUUUAGAUGUUUUCCUCUUACAAGGACUCGACACUCUCUUCCAAGUAGCUCUUGCAUUGUUAAUGUUAUGCAAAAAGGAGUUAUUACAACUGGAUUUUGAAAGCAUUUUAAAGUACUUUAGAGUGCACUUACCUAAACGUUGCAGAAACGAGGAAAUAUCACGUUAUGUAAUGAAACUGGCCUGUUCCGUUACAUUGAAGAAAUUGAAGAAAUAUGAAGCAGAAUUCAUGACAUUAAAAGAGGCUCAAGAAAAUGCGGAUGAAUACAGUAAUGAGGUGGAACAAUUAAGGGGUACAGUUGCAAGAAAUGAGGAAGAAAAGCAGAGAUUGGAAGCAGAGCUAGCUCAAGUUAAAGAAAUGCUACAGCGUGAGGUAACAAGAGCCGAUGUAGAGAGUCGUCGAAGUAAUAUUAUUAUUGCUGAAUAUAAACAGAUUUGUCAACGUUUGGAAGAUGACUAUAAUGCUGCAAAAGCAACUUUAUGUGAAUUACGGUCUAAGGUGUCAAGGUGUGACAAAUGUAGAACAUGCAUAAUGGAUUCAUCUAGUAUAUUAGCAGAUAUAGCACAUCCUUUAGAAAAUCGAAUUGACCCCAUGCUGCAUAGAGUACAAGAAAGAGUAAGAGAAUUAGAAUUAGAAUUGGCACAGACAAAAUUAGCACAUGUGGAAGCAGAAUGUAGAAAUCAGGAUUUGACACACCAGUUACAUGCAACUGCUUCUGAACUUCAAGCUGCACGAAAUAGUUGGCCAUGGCUCAGUAAAACUUUGUCUACUAUAAAAGAGGCAACAAACAAGCGAGAAGUUAUAGGCCCUUCGUCAUUAAGAGAUUUAAGACGCGAAAGUACUCCAGGAGAUGACGUACAUCAUCAUAUAAUAAAUUCACGUAGCCGUGAUAGUCGUGAUAGUCUUAAGGAAGUAGUGUAGUAAGGUAAGUGAUUUUCUCACGACGUGUGCAAUUAUCCUUGAAUAUUGCAUUUGAAAGUUAUGAUUAUUUCAAUGAAAACAUCACAAUAACAAUAUUUUUUUUAAGUAGGCCAAGAGUAAUAGAAGAGUAAAUAUGUAUAUGAGUGUGUGCGUGUGUGCGUGCGCGCGCGCGCGCGCGCGCCCGUGUGUCUGUGCGCGCGCGCGUGCGUGUGUGUGUGUGUGUGUGUGUGUGUGUGUACACGCGCGCGCGCACUCGCGCACACACUAAAUGAGACAUUUAUGUAUUCGUUAUGUUACAUGACGCAUGCAUAACGUACCUACAAUUAAUGCAGCUGUAUUAUCUCUUACACUAAUAUUGUAUUAAUUUUCUUUUUUUUUUUUUUUUUUUAAGAAAUUGUUUUUUAAUAUGCUCAUUUAUUUUUAUAAGUCCUUGAUAUGUUAAACGCUAAAAAUAAUAAAAUUCUUUUUAUUAUUCUUUCACGAAAUUACAUAAAAAAAAGAGCAUGGUGCAAAUUUUCAAAUAGUCCUAAGUUAGUCUAAUCAAAAUUAAUGCUUUUGUCCUUCGAUUGAUAGAAGUGAGCAAAAUCCAAUGAGAGGAAACCUAAAUAAGCAAAUAAUUAAAACUUUAGUCAAGUUUGCAUAUGAGAGCAUUAAAAACUUUCAUUAUAAAAGUACAUGAAGAAUGACAUUGUCCAUGCAGAUAAGAGAAACUAUUCGCUAUAAUAAAUUAUAAAAAUGAAAAUAUUUAUCCCAUGUUUUCUAUGGUAUUUAUUUAAAAUUUGAAAAAUGGAAAAUAGAAAUGUUGCGAGAAAUGUUCGUUCAUAUGUAUGCGUAUACAACAUGUUUAAACUAAAGUAUAUAUACACACAAUUAUUUCUUGGGCUGUUAAGGAUAUUUAAAAACAAAAAGGAAAAAUAGAAAACAAGAUAAAAAAGCUGCAUUUAUGCACAACAUAUUCUUUUCAUUUACAUUUUAACUAAUACAUACAGCUCAUAUAAGUACUUUAAGAUAAAAAGUACUGAAGAUAACUAACUACUCACAGCCAUACAUCAAAAGUUAAUGUACUAUAUCCCUUUUAAUGUGUUUUGAGUAAUAAAAAGAAGAAAAGGAAAAGGAUAAAAAAAAAAAAAAAAGAAAAGUAAAGAAAAAGAAACAAAUAAGCAGUAAUAUAAGUAAGCACUAAUUGUAAUUACAUAAGCACAAGUACCAUUUGAAUCUAAUAAGAUGACUUUUAAAAUCUUUAUUUAUAUAUUAUUUAUCUCGUAAACAGUACAACUCUUAUAUUUCUUAAGUCAUAUAUCAACUUCGCAUAUUUUCUUUUCUUUUCGUUCUCUUUAAUAGUUUAAAAAAUAAUUGUGUAUAUGCAACAUGGACAUAUAUGUAUAUAUACAUACUCACUGAUUGAAUAGACAAAAUUUCACAUUUAUACAAAUUGAUAUUUAACAUAUAAAUACUAAUGAAAAGAGAUUAAUCACUUAAUUUACUUUUUGUACCGAUUGAUUUUAUACGUGUUAAAUUCACAUUCCAAAGCUUUAUGAAAGCAAUACCAUAUUUAUUGCCUGUCAAUUAGUUUUAAGUAAAAGGGCCAUUUAUAUGUUAAAAUAUUGAUAUAAAUAUCGUACAUUAAUAUAUUUUUCUAAAAAUUAUGGCAAUCGUUAUUUCCUUUUAUUUCAGAAUGAAACAAAUUUCCAUAUAUCUUAUAAGCAUUUCGAAAUAUAAAUUAAUUAAUAUCAUUUCAUAUCGCGUGAAUUAAAUAUAAUAAAGACCACUCUGUGUGUCAUUAAGUUUUAUAAAUAUAUCUGUAUACAUGUAAUCUGAUCGUAAUAUAAAUUUUAAUGACGAGUUUUUUUAAUAAGAUCAGCCUUACAGUCUUACAAACGUGAUUUUACUAUAAAUCAUUCUCUCAAUUUUGCAAAUAUUCAUAUAAUAUUAUUAAAUAUAAUCUGGAAAAGUCAAGGUAUAUUAUCUAGAUAAGUUUGUCUUACCCAGAUUUAGUUAAUUUAGGAAAAAUGCUAGAUAUUUAAAGGAUCAAAGAAUCUUGCCACAACGCACUGAUAUUAAUGACAAAAUAUGCAAUAGAAGAAUCAGUAAAAUAACAUACGUAGCUUCCGACAUUAUCUAUAUAAAAUAAUUGAACAUAUUUAAAGUGAUUUCACAAGAAUUCUCAAUUUGAGCUCGCGUCGAGGGUUAUAUACAAUUAGAAUGUUAACUUCUCUAUAAAUUGACAACAUAUUGUAAUAAUGGAUUUUACCAAUAAUUAAAAAAGUUAGUUUGAUUUCUAAAAGUUUCGUCAAAUAGUAAAAAAAUGUUUGUAUGAUUCUGUAACUAUUUAAAUUCUUUUGUGCCAUUAUUUUGUAAUAUAUAAGUAUUGGAUUUUCUUUAAUUUAUUUUUUUUCCUUUUUAAUUCUAACUCUGUUGUUAUCUUUAAACUUAGUUUGAUGGAACUUUCAGUUAUCGAUUAUCGUUAUUAAUCCCGAAUCUCAAUAUAAAAUUGUGGAUAUUUGUUCUGUAAAUAUGAAAUAUAUAAUAUUAAAAAAGAGAGAUGAAGUACCAUAAAAUCGUAGAAAUAUAAAAUAUCUCGGAGCUUUAACAACAAACUAUGGAAGCAAGCAGGAAAAAUAAAUAGAAAAGUAUAAUAUAAGGGUUAUUCCAAUUUAUAGAAUACUUUCGUAGUUUGGAUGGAAAGCUCUACCCCCCUAUGUAUAUAUAAAUGACUAAAUAAAUAAAUAAAUAAAUAGAUAUAUACAUACAUAUAUAUAUAUAUAUAUAUAUAUAUAUAUGCGUGUGUACGCGCGCGCGUGUAUGUGUGUGUGUUUGUGUGUAUACAUACAUACAUAUGUAUAUAUAUAUAUAUAUAUAUAUACACACACGCAUACACACACAUGUGUAUUUGUAGGUAUAUACGUGCACGUAUAUAUACGACAUACGUAUGUACACUCACGUAUAUAAGCGUUUAUUUUAUCACUGUAAACCCUGUAACAUUAUAGCAAAAUUACUGAAAUAAAUAUCACAUCUCUGUACUAUUUGUAA